CCCCGUGGCGGGAUGUGUGCGCGCCAUGACGUACGCCUUCCCUUCCCAUCCCUAGUUCUUUACCGUCAUGGCGCAGGCGAGGGGGCACUACGGACUACGAGACGAGCAUACUGGACUAAGUUAAAAGAAAGAAAAAAGCAGAUUUGAAAUUGUCUAGGGGAGAACUGUUGAUCAAACUUAGUUUGACGUUUAUUUCUAUCGAUAUUUGGGUUGCGGUUGACCUGCCAGAAUGAUGUCAGACGCCAGUGAGAUGUUGGCGGCAGCGCUGGAGCAGAUGGAUGGCAUCAUCGCAGGCUCCAAGGCUCUGGACUACUCCAACGGCAUGUUCGACUGCCAGUCCCCAACGUCGCCGUUCAUGGGCGGGCUACGGGCGCUGCACCUGUUGGAGGACCUGCGCGGCGUGUUGGAGAUGAUGGAUGGCGAUGAGAGGGAGGGCCUCCGCUGUCAGAUCCCUGACUCCACCGCUGACGGCCUGGUGGAGUGGCUGCAAGGGCCCUUGUCUAAUGGUCAUAUCCCUAUGAGCGCCGACCUUUACCAGGACAGACUUGCUCGCCUUGAAAGUGACAAGGAGUCCCUUGUGCUUCAGGUGAGUGUGCUGUCAGACCAGGUGGAAGCACAGGGGGAAAAGAUCAGGGACCUUGACCUGUGCCUUGAUGAACACCGGGAGAAGCUAAACGCCACAGAGGAGAUGCUUCAACAGGAGCUUCUGUGCCGCUCAGCUCUGGAGACGCAGAAGCUGGAUCUGAUGACGGAGAUCUCCACCCAGAAACUCAGGCUGGGUGCCAUGGAGAAGGACCGGCUGGACUUCAACGAGCAGUUCCGGGAUGGCGAGAAUUUAGUCCUGGAGAUCAAUGAGCUGAGGUACCGGGUGUCUGAGAUGGAGAGCGAGAGGUUACAGUAUGAGAGGAAGCUCAAGUCUACUAAGUCGCUAAUGGCCAAGCUCUCUAGCCUGAAAAUCAAAAUGGGCCAGAUGCAGUAUGAGAAACAGAGGAAGGAGCACAAAAUCCAGGCACUGAAGGAGGAGCUGCUGGUCCUGCAUCAGCAGCUGGACGGGAGAGACGGGGAGCUGAGGAGGCUACAGGACGAGACGGGCUCCAGGUCGGUCACGCCUGGAGGAGCCGACGGCGGAGAGAGAGUCUCCCUCACAGAGGAAACUUGUAAAAAGAGGCUGAAGGAGAAACAUGUGGAGGUGCAGAGAAUGAAGAAAGCAAUGGAAUCGUUAAUGGCUGCUAAUGAGGAGAAGGACCGCAAGAUUGAGGAGCUUCGGCAGUCACUGGCACGGUACAAGAAAGUGCAAGAGAUGGUGAUGUCGGUGCAAGGGAAAAAAGAUAAAAUGAAAGAUGGAGAAAGUGAUGAGAGUCAUAGCGACAGCUCUGGCUCCGUGUCAAUGGCCCUCUCGGUCGCCAUGGAGGUGGAGAGGCUGGCGCUGGCCGGCGCAGACGAAGCAGAAGGGCCGAGCCUGGAUGAGGAGAUGUCCCCCACUCCCCCUGCCAGGCCUGGCGCCACCCUGUGCCUGGAGCAGGACCCAGCACAGCCAGAGGGUUUCCCAGAGCCACCCAGAUCUGGCAGUCAAGACCACCUGGAUGUCAGCACCAGUGAAAAGAGGCCGCUGGCUGUGCAGGAAAGGCCAUCAGAGGCAACUGACAGCUUGUUUCUUCUCCUCAAGAGCAAAGCCCAAGAGGAGAUGAACAAAAUCACCUGCCUGCCCCCCAAGUCUCCCCCGACUGCCCCCCGCGCCCCGGCCGAGGACGACAAUAGCUUUGGCACCAAGAAGGCACGCUCCUCCUUUGGCCGAGGCUUCUUCAAGGUCAAAGGGGGCAAAAGGACAACCAGCACCCCCAACCUGGACCGUGGGCGAAGUGCGAGCGCCCCCAUGCUAGCUGAGACCGAGCGAGAGGGCACAGACCACCUUGACCUGGCUGGGAUGCCGCACCGGUCGCCAGACAGCGACAGCACACACACACUGCCCACUUCACCGGAUGGCAAGAAGAAGUCAAAGGGAAUCAAAGCUUUGUUUGGAAAGCUGCGGAGGAGUCAGUCGACCUCCUUCAACCUGGAUGACAACCUGUCCGAGGGGGACUUUAAGAGGGGAGGUGUGCGGGCCACAGCAGGACCCCGACUGGGCUGGUCACGGGACCUGCAAAACCCCAGGAGUACUAGUAGUGGUGAUCUGGACACACCGUUUGCACGUUGGAGCCGGGAGCAGGUGUGUGAAUGGCUUCAGGACCAGGGUCUGGGUCUGUACGUGAGUCUGGCUCGCCAGUGGAUCUCUUCAGGCCAGACACUGCUGCAGGCCUCGCAACACGAUCUGGAGCGGGAGCUUGGCAUUAAGCACCCUCUGCACAGGAAGAAGCUGCAGCUGGCCCUCCAGGCACUGGGCUCCGAGGAGGAGGACAGCAAGGGCAAGCUGGACUACCACUGGGUCACCAGGUGGCUGGAUGACAUUGGCCUGCCCCAGUAUAAGACUCAGUUUGAUGAGGCCAGAGUGGAUGGGCGGAUGCUGCACUACAUGACUGUGGAUGACCUGCUGUCUCUGAAGGUGGGCAGUGUGCUGCACCACCUGAGCAUCAAGAGAGCCAUCCAGGUGCUGCGCCUCAACAACUACGAGCCCAACUGUCUGCGGCGCCGACCCUCAGAUGAGAGCAACAUCAGUCCUGCAGAGAUCUCCCAGUGGACCAACCACCGUGUGAUGGAGUGGCUGCGCUCUGUGGACCUGGCCGAAUACGCGCCCAACCUCCGGGGCAGUGGAGUCCACGGAGGACUCAUGGUCCUGGAGCCACGCUUUAAUGUGGAGACCAUGGCCCUGCUGCUGAACAUCCCCCCUAACAAGACGCUGCUGCGCAGGCACCUGGGCACCCACUUCUCCCUGCUGGUGGGCAGCGAGGCCCAGCAGUCCAAGCAGGAGUGUGUGGAGCACCCCGACUAUACACUCCUCACUGCCACCGCCAAGGUCAAGCCCAGGAAGCUCGGCUUCGGCACCCUGAGGAAGAAGAAGCAAGAGGAUCGGGAGGAGUAUGUCUGCCCCAUGGAUGUAGAGAUGCCUAAGGGACGCAGCUUCCAGAAGGGCUACCGGGGCAUGGAGCUGCAGAUCUACGAGGAUGACCUGGACCGGCUAGAACAGGUGAUGAAGUCUGGACGGGGCCUCAUAAUCCAAAACUGGUGCCGUGUUCAAAAAUGGAUGGAGGACUCCGAGGGCACAGUCAGGCAGAUUGGAGCCUUCUCCGAGGAAAUCAAUAACCUAACGAGCAUGUUGAAAGAUGACGACAUGUUUAAGGAGAACUCAAGUUCCCCCAACCCCAGUGUGACUGAUGACGACUCUAACGUUUGAGGGACCGUGCCAAAGCGCCUGCACCUCCAGAUGCUGCUGUGAUCGCAAAUGACUGUGCCAAACCUGUGCCAACCUGCACCACUUCCCUGUCCCCGUGGGGCAAUGCCAUUUUCCAUUCCUGGUCCCCCUCAGCAUCCCCCCUAUGAAGCUCAUAGUCUCAGUUCGAGCACCAUCUCUGUGCUACAAUAAGGCCGUGACUUUAACACUCAUAUUACAACACAGCAUCACUCCAUUGGUUUCUGUCUUCAUUUCAACGUGGAGCUGACAGGUUGCUUCACAAACAAAACACAGUCUCCCAUUUUAACCAGAUGCAUUUCAUCUGUCUGUGUGUAUUUAACAGUUAAGGUUGGGAAACCCGUUAUUCCAUCCAAAGUGUAAAAAUAUGAAAGUAAAGUAAAGUGAUCUCAUUGCAUUUUCACCUACCUACCAGCUGGUUCCUGGACAUAUUUUUUAUUAUGGCUUUUUUUUAUUAACAUCUAGAGCCCCCUUUUUAUAGCCCAGCAGCACAAUGACACUUUUCUUAUCUGACAUAGAUAUUGGCGGAGUUCAAAACCUGGUUUUAUACAAGAGUGUCAGAAUAAAAUUGAAACCGUUUUGAGGUUAUUGUGCUACUGAAAAUGUCAUCUUUGCGAGUCUAAUGCCAAAACAUUGUAAUGCAUCUGCCUUGCACAGGGAAUAUUGCUGUACUUCCCACAGGCUGGCUGCAUACCUUUGCAUGCAUUCUCACUCAAACUCACUAUGAAACUCAAUACAGUGAAUUCCAUUGUCUGGUUGUAAAGUAUCAUUGCAUGUUAUAUCGGUCCUGUUUUCCAAAACAUUGAGCAUGUUCUAACACAGAAAUAAUCAUUUCUAUAUCUGUAAUAACAGAAAUGUGUUAACGAAUCAUGUUGACUGUUACUAUGUGAAAAAUAUGCAGAGAAGCUAUGUUGGCAUAUUCUCAGAUACGAAACAUCUGAUACUGGCCUCAGGCUGCCCUAACCACAUAAAGAAGAAAAUGUGUACUGUGUCCACUUUUAUCCGUUUUUAUCAGGUCAAUAAAAUUAUUGAAGUAAAAA